GCGCGCCGCCGGAGUUCCGCGUGGUUGGCCGGCCCGGCGCCGUCGGUCCCCCUGCGCGCUGCCUUCCGCGUUCCGCCGCGGCCCCUCCGGGCUCCCCCGCCCCGCCGCCCGGGCCCCGCGCCAUGGCCGGAGCUCCCGGGGCGCCGCGCUGAGGGCGGCCGGCGGAGCGCGCCAUGCCCAGCAGGACCGGCCCCAAGAUGGACGGGAGCAGCGGCCGCGUCCGCCUCAAGGCGCACUACGGAGGGGACAUAUUCAUCACCAGUGUGGAUGCCGCCACCACCUUCGAGGAGCUGUGUGAGGAAGUGAGAGACAUGUGCCGUCUGCACCAGGAGCACCCACUCACCCUCAAGUGGGUGGACAGCGAAGGUGACCCUUGCACGGUGUCCUCCCAGAUGGAGCUGGAGGAGGCUUUCCGCCUGGCCCGUCAGCACAGGGACGAAGGCCUCAUCAUCCAUGUGUUCCCGAGCACACCCGAGCAGCCAGGCAUGCCGUGUCCGGGAGAAGACAAGUCCAUCUACCGCCGGGGAGCCAGAAGAUGGAGAAAACUGUACCGUGCCAACGGCCAUCUCUUCCAAGCCAAGCGCUUUAACAGGAGAGCGUACUGCGGCCAGUGCAGUGAGAGGAUAUGGGGCCUCGCGAAGCAAGGCUACAGGUGCAUCAACUGCAAACUGCUGGUCCAUAAGCGCUGCCACGGCCUCGUCCCGCUGACCUGCAGGAGGCAUAUGGAUUCUGUCAUGCCUUCCCAAGAACCUCCAGUAGACGACAAGAACGAGGACACCGACCUUCCUUCCGAGGAGACAGAUGGAAUUCCUUAUAUUUCCUCAUCCCGGAAACAUGACAGCAUUAAAGAUGACUCCGAGGACCUUAAGCCAGUUAUCGAUGGGAUGGAUGGAAUCAAAAUCUCUCAGGGGCUUGGGCUGCAGGACUUCGACCUAAUCAGAGUCAUCGGGCGCGGGAGUUACGCCAAGGUUCUCCUGGUGAGGUUGAAGAAGAACGACCAAAUUUACGCCAUGAAAGUGGUGAAGAAAGAGCUGGUGCAUGAUGACGAGGACAUCGACUGGGUACAGACAGAGAAGCACGUGUUUGAGCAGGCAUCCAGCAACCCCUUCCUGGUCGGGCUACACUCCUGCUUCCAGACCACAAGUCGGCUGUUCCUGGUCAUUGAGUAUGUCAACGGCGGGGACCUGAUGUUCCACAUGCAGAGGCAGAGGAAGCUCCCCGAGGAGCACGCCAGGUUCUACGCGGCCGAGAUCUGCAUUGCCCUCAACUUCCUGCACGAGAGGGGGAUCAUCUAUCGGGACCUGAAGCUGGACAACGUCCUCCUGGAUGCGGACGGGCACAUCAAGCUCACGGACUAUGGCAUGUGCAAGGAAGGCCUGGGCCCUGGAGACACGACGAGCACUUUCUGUGGAACCCCAAACUACAUCGCCCCCGAAAUCCUGCGGGGAGAGGAGUAUGGGUUCAGCGUGGACUGGUGGGCGCUGGGCGUCCUCAUGUUCGAGAUGAUGGCUGGGCGCUCCCCGUUCGACAUCAUCACCGACAACCCGGACAUGAACACAGAGGACUACCUUUUCCAAGUGAUCCUGGAGAAGCCCAUCCGGAUCCCCCGGUUCCUCUCUGUCAAAGCCUCCCACGUUUUAAAAGGAUUUUUAAAUAAGGAUCCCAAAGAGAGGCUCGGCUGCCGGCCACAGACUGGAUUCUCUGACAUUAAGUCCCAUGCGUUCUUCCGCAGCAUAGACUGGGACUUGCUGGAGAAGAAGCAGGCGCUCCCUCCGUUCCAGCCACAGAUCACGGACGACUACGGUCUGGACAAUUUUGACACCCAGUUCACCAGCGAGCCCGUGCAGCUGACCCCGGACGACGAGGAUACCAUAAAGAGGAUUGACCAGUCGGAGUUCGAAGGCUUCGAGUAUAUCAACCCGCUGCUGCUGUCCACGGAGGAGUCCGUGUGAGGCUGCGUGCGUCUCUGUUGUGGACACGCGGGAUUGACCCUUUAACUGUAUCCUUCACCACCGCAUAUGCAUGCCAGGCUGGGCACGGCUCCGAGGGCAGCUGGGGACGGACGCUCGCGCCGAGACUGCGGAGGAAGUCGCAGGCACUGCUGGAGCGGAAUGGCCCCUCGUGCCUGGGCCCGGCAGGCCAGCUCCGCGCCGGAGGAACUUGCUGCUGCGCCCGCGUCGCGGCGGACCGCGGGACCCUGCUGAGGGGCUGUCGCGCAGUUCCGGAGGUGCACAUCUUCCGUGGAAACACAGCUCCGUGCACUGACCUGCUCCGCCAGGAAAGCGAGCGUGUAGCGUCCCGAGGAAUAAAAUGUUCCGAUGAUGU